AUGGGACCCUUGCCUUCUCUCUGCAGAUCUAGCUACUCAUCAUCAGCAGGAGGCGACGUCGAGGCCAUCAAGGCCAGGAUCAUCUCGCACCCACACUACUACUCGCUCCUCACUGCCUACCUCGAGUGCAACAAGGUGGGGGCACCACCGGAGGUGUCGGCGAGGCUGACGGAGAUAGCGCAGGAGGUGGAGGCGCGACAGCGCACGGUGCUCAGCGGCCUGGCCGCUGCAACAGAGCCAGAGCUGAACCAGUUCAUGGAGGCGUACCAUGAGAUGCUGGUAAAGUUUAGGGAGGAGCUGACGAGGCCGCUUGAGGAGGCGAUGGAGUUCAUGCGAAGGGUGGAGUCGCAACUCAAUUCGCUUUCCAUCUCUGAAAGGUCGCUGCGCAGCAUCCUUUCAUCUGAGCACUAG